UGUCAAUCUCCAGUACUCCAACAUGCGUGGGGAUUAAUUCUUACGAGGAACACAACACCGCUAUCCCAGCGAAAUCAUAAACAACCGACCGGAGUCAGUUGGUGUGACGUUGACAGUUGCCUUUAACAUGAUCGGACAUAGUUACCAGGAAAAUAUAGCAGAAUACUUCACCGUGAGAAGAUAAAUAAUAGGUAGAUUAAGAAUGAUCUAAUGUCAGAAACGAGUGAAGAACGAGCAAUCAGACUGUAUAAUACAGCUGCUGAAAGAAUGAAGAAUGUGAGAGCAAAAGAAACCGAGGAGCAAGCGGCCCUGAGAAGAAUGCAAGAGGCCCAGCGAAUGGCGAGGCAUCGAGCGAAGAAGAAAAGAUGUCUGGAUGAGAAUCUGGCUCGGGAAAUAUCGAAAAUAGCUGAAUUAUCGAAAAUGCCCGCACCAGACGCAGCGACCAUAGCUCAGAUGUCAGAGAUGAAUAUGAACAAGAUUUCAGCUGAGCUGAAGCAAAUGAUGGAGCGUGGCAAGGUACCAGAGCACAUCGUUCAAAUGGCCCAAUUAGCUGAGUUCAGUAAAAUGAGUGAAUUAAAUAAAAUAUCUCAGGACAUGGCGAAGCGUUAUGAGAUGGAAAAAAUAGCUGAGUAUGCAAAGACAACGGAGUACAUGAAAAUGCAGGAGAUGAAGAUGACAGAGCUUGCUAAGAUGAAUGAAAUGGUCAAGUUCUCGGAGAUUUCAAAGUACACUGAUAUGAAUAAGAUGAAUGAAAUAGCCAAGAUGAAUGAAAUCAUGAAAAUGUCGCAGAUGGCUAAGAUAAAUGAAGUGCAGAGGAUGAAUGAAAUUGCCAAACUCAAUGAAAUGGUAAAGAUGUCCGAGUUGGCAAAGUACAACAGUGACAUGACAAAAUUCUCCGAAAUAGCACAGAUUAACGAGAUGGCUAAGGAAAUAGCCAAACUCAAUGAGAAAACCAAAAUGAAUGAAAUGAUUAAAAUGGUUAACAUGCAAAAUGACAUGUCCAAAAUGAGUGAGUACUCGAAGAUGGGAGAUAUAGCCAAGUUGACAGAGCUGUCGAAGCUUAAUGAAAUCACAAUAACAAAACUCAAUGAUCCACCACCACCCCUUCCACCGUCAGCCUUACAAUCAUCGAAAGUUCAAGAAAUUCCGAGGAUUCCUGAGCCAAUAAUCACUGUACCAAAUCCACGGAAUCUUCAGAGCGUGCAGACUGUUCAAACUGCCCAAGCAAGUCCCUCAAACACCAUAAAUUUUCCCUCAGUCCCUGGACAAGGAAAAUACGCUCAGUUACUUGUAAUAAUUGAGGAAUUGGGUCGUGACAUUCGUCUUUCGUAUGCCGGCAGUCGUAGUGCUGCUGAGCGUCUCAAAAUGGGUAUUCAACACGCCAGAAUACUUGUCAGAGAGUGUCUCUUAGAGACGGAACACAAUGCACGACAAUGAUUGAUUAUCGCUUUCGGCAUCUCGAUCAGCGUAGAUUCGUCAUCAUAGUAAGUUAUUUUUCACAUUCGUCAAAAUUCAUAUGAAAAAAUUGGAGGGAAAUACCCAACACUUUCUUCCAUUGACAUGAAUUCCAUUGACUUGAACUUAAAUUCUGUUGAUUGAUGCGUAGAUGCGCUUCUGGACAGAAAUAAAUUAUUGUAUUUACAAAAUAGUUAUCAGUUCCAUGUUUUAUUAUUUUAAGGCUUGUUAAUCCUUGUGUGGAGGAAUUUCAUAAAUUACUGCUGAUUACUCCUUAUUAUUUCCACCUCUCCACAUUACAUCUCUCGCAACUGUAAAUUGCAUUGAUGAAAUUUCCUUUCAGAAAUAUCUUUAUGCACAGAAUCAAGUCAUGGUAUCAAAUAAACAAAUGGUGCAAUUUUCUGCCCAUAACACCCAUCGUUAUUGCCUUGUGGAGGUAAAAUUGGAUUGAUUAAUUAUUCGUUAAAUAACAUUGUUGAAUAUAUACAGCUUAGAAAUUCUGUUCGUGUAGUGCCAAGAAAAAGAUUUUUUCUUGAAUUUUUCUUUUGCACGAAGUGAACCGAUUAGGCGAGCAUUUACCUAAUUUCAGGUUUUCCUCAUGGGAGAUAUCAGUGAUGAAUUACUAGUAUUCCAUUAUCAUAAUUACUAUCAUCUUUAUUAUAAUUACCUUUAUUUCCAUCAUACACUUUGGAGUAUAUGGAUCUACUUUGUGAUCCUAUUUUCUCCUUGAAGAUGAUAAGCAUUACGUUCGUACUAUUGAGGUGAUUGUACUAUUGUUUCACGAUUUAUUAUUUGUCAACUGGAAUCUUAAAUAUAAGCCUUUCUUAUAGAAUAAUGCUGAAUAAAGUACCGAUUUUUUAUUUAUA